CAUAGAGGUCACCUCACGGGAUUCUUUAAACACCAGUAGGCAUAGCAAAGGGGUUUGCCGAUUGAGUUCCCUCUGUUGCUGAGCCAAGGAUCAUGCUUGGUUUACGUGGAUCAGUAGGAACUGUUUCGGAGAUUGGUCUUCGACUACUCCAAAAUUUAUCACUUCGUGGUGUACGUGUCCAGUGCAUUAAUAUUGGAGGAGGAGUAGGGGAGAUUCCAGACAGCAAGCGCCUGAAUAUCGCUCUUCAGCACAUUCAUGGAAUUGGCCGCUCCAGAGCGCGCCAAAUUCUCGCUGAGCUCAGCAUUGCGAACAAACUCGCCAGGGACUUAACAGGAAGAGAGGUCUACUCUCUCCGUGAGGAGCUCUCUAGGUAUAUGACUGGGCAUGACUUGCACAAUCAAGUUACAAAGGACAUAGCAAGAUUGAUGGAGAUUCAGAGCUAUAGAGGGAUAAGGCAUAGUCAGGGGCUACCAUGCAGAGGACAGCGCACUCACACCAAUGCCCGGACCUGGAAGGGUAAGGCAGUUGCAAUUCCAGGAAAGAAGAAGGCUUAACUAUUGGGAUCCUUCUCUUCUACAUUCCUUAGGUUUUGGCAUAUACCUCAGUUUGAAGGGUGUUUUAUUUGUUGCUCUUUCGCAACUUUAGUUCUUUCAGUUUAAUGCUAUACGAUUUUUCAUGUCCUUGAUGAUUUUCUCAAGUGAAUUAAGUUUUCGGUUUUUCCAAAA